AAGAUAUCUGUUCUGUUGGGUUGAAUCUCUUAACUCUGUUCUGGCCAUCACCAUCAUUGUUCAUUUUGUACAGCUUUUACUUACUAUCCAUUUCAUCUCUCUCUUUCUCUCUAGCACUUCUUCAGUACCUCCUCCUCUUGAGUCUUGAUAUCUCUCUUUCAGACUCCUUGCUCAUGUUAUUUGUCUUCUGGGUUGGGUUUGGUGGAAAAGGGUCGAAAAAUUGAGUCUCAACGUUCAAAAUUGAAACUUUGCUAUUUGAUCUCUGUUUUGUUGCCUUGUUUCUCAUCUGGGUCUCUCCGGAGUUGUUGAUUGACAAUGACUGUGGAGGACCAAAGAGGUAGUUUGGUGGACGGAGAUGCGGGCCAGGACAGGUUUCCGGUGGGUAUGCGUGUUCUGGCUGUAGAUGACGACCCAAUUUGCCUCAAAGUUUUGAACACCUUGCUUCAGAAAUGCCAAUAUCACGUUACUACGACCAAUCAGGCGGUCUUGGCACUGAAAAUGUUGAGAGAGAACAGAAACAAGUUUGACCUUGUUAUCAGUGAUGUGAAUAUGCCAGACAUGGAUGGUUUUAAGCUCCUUGAGCAUGUGGGGCUUGAAAUGGACCUACCUGUCAUCAUGUUGUCAGCCCAUAGUGAUACGAAGCUUGUGAUGAAGGGAGUUACCCAUGGUGCAUGUGACUAUUUGUUGAAACCUGUUCGAAUUGAAGAGCUCAAAAACAUAUGGCAGCAUGUACUCCGACGAAAGAAAUUUGACUGCAAGGAGCAAAAUAAGUCCCCCAAUGAAGAUAAGGGUGGUCAUGGUACUGGAGACAGUGGCCAAGAUGUCACAUCAACAGGUAAUGCAGAGCAGAGCAAACUCAGUAGGAAGCGGAAGGACCAAAAUGAAGACGAGGAAGAAGAAGAUGAAGAAAAUGAGAAUGAGAAUGAAGACCCAUCAAACCAGAAGAAGCCUCGUGUAGUUUGGUCUGUCGAGCUGCACAGAAAGUUUGUUGCAGCUGUAAAUCAAUUGGGACUUGAAAAGGCUUUUCCUAAGAAAAUUCUUGACCUGAUGAAUGUUGAAGGGCUUACAAGGGAAAAUGUGGCAAGCCAUCUGCAGAAAUAUAGGCUCUACCUGAAAAGAGUCAAUGUUAUGGCAACUCAGCAGGCUAGUAUGGCUGCUGUAUUGGGGGUUAAUGAUUCGUCUUACUUGCGCAUGGCUUCACUAGAUGGAUUUGGAGAUAUUCGCACCUUGGCUGGAUCAGGAAGGCUUUCAAGCUCAGCUCUAUCAUCAUCAUAUACACCAGGUGGGAUGCUUGGUAGACUAAAUUCCACUGCCGGUUUAACACUUCGUGGAAUUACCUCUUCUGGACUUAUACAACCAAGUGGUCAAAACUUGAGCAGCUCUGUCAAUGGUCUUGGGAAGCUCCAGCCAACUCUGUUGCCUUCAAACCAAAGUGCAAGUUUAUUUCAAGGUAUUCCGACAUCAUUAGAGCUCAACCAGUUGCAACAGAGCAAGUUCAUUACACCCAUUGGAGAUUUCAAUCCCAUUAGGAAUUCAACAGGUUUUACUGUUGCUACUAGCUUCCCUGACAACAGGGUGACUGUUGCUAGCUCGAAUAGUUUGUUAUCAAGUGUCUCAAGCAAUCCUCUGGUGUUGCAAGGAAAUCCACAACAUAAUAGAGGAGCAUUUGGAAACCAAUCUCCUCUUGGAGUGGUUUCACGGACUCCAGAUUCUUUCAACAUCAGGAGUGGCGGUUCUUCUGAUUUUUUGGAUAAUAAUAGAAGUAAUGAAAGCUGGCAGGGUGCGGUUCAGUUAUCCAGAUUUUCAUCAACUUCUUUGCCACUGAGUGAACCUUUUAAUCAAGAUCAGUUGCUUUCUAAUAACUCGAAUAUAUCCUCUACCAGCCCUCAUAUUGGGAACAGCCCAAUUAGUUUUCCAUCAACAAGUGCAGUUUCAGCUCCUCUAGAGGAUUCAAGAGGAAAUACACAAUGUCAAGAAGGCUUCAUUGGUAAUGUUGUUCAGAAUAUGAAUUACACAUCAAAGCAAAGAUGGGAAGAACAGAAACAGAAUUACAACCAAAACUUGAAUCAUACCGUCAGUGCAGUAAAUUUUAUGGUUUCUGCCAAUGGUAUAGUGAGUCCCUUUGGCCGGAGUUUGGAGCAAAAUAAUGCAACCUGCAGCAAAAGUUUUGAUGUGUCUCUGAUUCCCCAAUUACAUGGUGGUGCUCUGUCCAUUGGUCAGCACAGUGAGGUUGAGAAAUCUGAUCUGGACACAAAGAUGAAUGACAAUGCGGACUACCUCUUGGAGCAAACAAAGUUACAGGAUGGUUUCAUGCACAACAGUUAUGACUCUUUAGAUGAUAUAAUGAACUCAAUGGCGAAACGGGAUCCUGUGCACCUCAUGCAGGAACAUAAUCAGAUGAUGUUGAGUGAUGGGGAAUUCGGAUUCGAUGCUUACUCUCUUGGGUCGUGUUUAUGAGACCUCUAACUUUGAGAAUUGAAGGGCAUCACCAUCAUAAAUUUACUCCUCUUAGAGGAGCUUGUAUCAUUAUGUAUUUUCUUCAUCUUUUUAUCUUUUUCCCCCCCUUAUUUCUCUCUGCUACUGAAUAUAAUUUCUAGUUAUAACUGUUAACGUAAGAUCUUCUUAAUUUAUUCUUCGACUUUUCCUCCUCCUUGUUGAUAGAACAAUGGCAUGAGAAAUUCUUAGUGUCUUUCUGAUUUAAAGAUGAAUAAAAGAAUGUGUAAUCCUUCUCUUUU